UCGACCCGCAAACCACUCGUACACCACAGAGCAGAACCUCCGUGACACCAGUGCGACCUUAGACAACCGACAGUGAUCAUGCAAGUGCUUACUACACUUCUGUUUGCGUGCGUGCUCGCGGCCGUGCGGGCGGUCAUCCGGACGCCGCUCGAAGCGUUCCGGCCUUCCGGAGAGAUCCACAUCCGAAGGCCGGACAAGCUGCCACUUCUCCCGCACAGACGCUCCAACACGCCCAAAAGUGGACUCAAGGUCCUCUACCAAACUGGAUUUUCUGAAGAGGACUUGCCGGAUUGCAGGGCGCGGCAGGUGUGCAGUAAGGUGGACCUAUACGAUUCCACACAGCCCUGGAUCGAGAGGAAGUGCCGGUGUUUGGGACAUAGGCCUUGUUCCAGUGACCUGUCAGACGAUGACAACCACACGCUGGCGGAUAAAACGACGUUAUACAAAACCUGUGACCCCGUGAAAAGGUUACCCAAAUGCCGAUACUUCAAAGAUGCGGCGUGGAUCAUCUACUCAUUCCCCGACAGCAAUGCAACACAGCAGAUCGUCAAUUGCCACUGCCCUAAGCAAUCGGUCACUUAUCUGCUGAGGAAGCUACCUUAUACGACACCUAGCGGUCAACCGGGGAACCAGUACCAGUUUGGAUGCUCGCCGCAAAGCAGGCUACGGUGUUCCCGAAAGGAACCAUGCAAGCUGUUCAGCGCGAGGCGUCGCCACGAGCAAAUAGACGAGGUGAACGCGAGUACCAUCUGCCAGUGCCCAAGGGACCACACCUGUCCCAAACACCACACAGAACCCGGAGUGUUACCAGGCGUCACCUACGUAGCCGAGGACAUCCGCACCUACCAUGGAUACUGCUUGCCGGAUCCACCGCCAGAGACCUACAGAUUUGUAGGCGACAAAGACUGAAACCCCAAAUAUUUAACCCCCUAUUGUGAUCGCUUCAAUUGUACCCAGUGUGUACAGGCGGCUUUCGGAGAUUAGACAGCUUUUAUGAUUUGCUCAUUACCUGUUUAGUACAAAAAUUAAUAAUUAUAUUAGGACUCAAAAGGGAAAUAGAUCAUUCAUUAUUAUUAGUGCUACCGAAUCGCGAGCGAGACUGUGGAUAAUAUUUUUAAGUAGGAUUUCGAGGUACUGAGUGAUAGUUUUUUUUUUUUUAAUAUUGUGUGUAGUCAACGCUUAUAGGGUGCAUUCAAAACAGCCACACUUGUGGCGAUCGGCUUACAAUAGUUUGGGAGCUUGUGGUCAUUAACAUGUGUUUUAUUUACAUAUUUAUAAUGUAUUAUAUUAUUUAUAUUCAUUCAUUGGUCCACCAAUCCGCA